GAAACGUCAGCUGUCAGGUGUUGUCCAACGUGCUUUGCGUUCUUCUCCAAUUUGCUCCUGGACGCCAAUAUUCGCCGCAUAGCCGCCUAGUGACCAAUCCUAGUACGGGUUUCCGAGGACGUCCCGCAGCCCUUCUCUAAGGCAUUGAAAAGUGCGUGUCGGCAGUAAUUUUACCCGUACUAGCCGAUUUCCUUCAAAGCUGCGACUUCCUUCCUGUUGCCAGUGAAAACCGCAUGCGAGCGCGUCACUCGCUAACUCGUUCGAUCAGACCAAACCUUCGAUCAAUCCACCGAUCCCCACAACCAUACCCUUCAACCCUCUAUCAACCAUGAACGAAAGCUCGGCGACAGCGACCUCUUCCUCGACCACGGCCUCGUCCACCGGGAACGUAUCCUCCAAUGCGGACGAAAAUGCGCGCAAGGUACAGAUAUACAAGGACAAUCUGAUUAGCAGGGCGGAGAACCUGAUCAUCAAAGAGUUCCCGGAGCGUAUUGUGCGCCUCAACGCGUUGCUGGAGACAUCGCAGUUCGCCCAUCGAAACUUCAGCGACGUGUAUCAGGAGCUGAACAUUCCAGUGCCGCCGCCAAUCGUGGUGGAGACCGGCAGCGGGGACGCCUCGACCAAUGCCGCCAAACGGCAGCGCCUGAACUCCUCAUACGGGUUGGAUGGUGAGGGUGGUACUAACGUGCUCGCGCUACCGACUGGCCGGGUCGAUUGCAACAAAGCCAUCAGCGAGCUGAUUCUGAUCGUGAAACCGGUGAUCCGAGCGCUGGUCGAGGAUUCGAACUUGUUGAAAAUGUGGAUCUCGUUCAUGAUACCGAAGAUCGAGGAUGGAAACAACUUUGGCGUAUCGAUCCAGGAGGACACGCUCUCGGAGAUCCAAUCGGUCGAAACGGAGGCGGCCACUUUCUUCGACCAGAUAUCGCGAUACUUUGUGACCCGGGCGAAGGUCGUCUCGAAGGUGGCCAAAUAUCCGCACAUCGACGAUUAUCGCCGGGCAGUGGCCGAGGUGGACGAGAAAGAGUUCCUUAGCCUCUGGUUGGUGCUGAGCGAGGUGCGAAACCGUUACUGCUCGCUACACGAUAUCGUCAUCAAGAACAUGGAGAAACUCAAAAAGCCACGCUCCUCGAACACCGAUAGUCUGUACUAAGUUUUGCCGCAUUCAAUACAGUACCAUAGAGGGAAAGGAGAGAUUUUGAGACAGACGGAAAGAGAGAGCGAUUUGCAGAUCCGUGGAGCAUUAACCCGGUAUAUUGGAAGGAAGAACACAUACAAUAAAAAAAACCCAAAACAAACCAAAA